AUGCAGUCCACUACAGCGGAGAUUGAGAACGGCUGCGGUGGCUUUUGUGUCUUUGGUGAUUAUGGCCCGAUGUAUACCGUUGACGACACCUAUCGAGUUGACGAUGCGACCAUCGAGCUCAACUUCGAUCACUCCGUCCUCACGGAAACAACACCAUACCCUCGUACAAGUACCGAAACGCCGGCAGUGACGGAGUCUUGGGAGCCUACAGAGGCUACUACUACCGGAGCCCCCGCGGAGGCUACUACUACCGGAGCCCCAACAGAAGCUACUACUGCCGGAGCCCCUAUCGAGGCUACUACCACUGAGGCUCCUACCAUUGCAACACUCACUGAAGCUCCUAUUUUUACUACGACUAACACGCCACGGCCUACCAAGCCCACACGACCUACCAAGCCCACAAGGCCUCACUGCAAGAACGGCAAAUGUGACAAUUCCAACACGAAUCAAACUACUACCAGCAGCACCUUUGCUGCGGUUACUACCAUUGAAGCUUCUAUUGCCGAGCCUACUACAACUGGAGCACCCACGGAGUAUGCUACCACUACGACUGUUACUCCCCUGUUGGUCUUCACAAGAACUGGAGUCCCUGUAGAGGCUACUACUGAAGCCCCUGUAGAUGCUACUACUGAAGUCCCUGUAGAGGCUACUUCUGAAGCCCCUGUGGAGGCUACUACUGAAGCCCCUGUAGAGGCUACUACUGAAGCCCCUGUAGAUGCUACUACUGAAGUCCCUGUAGAGGCUACUUCUGAAGGUCCUGUAGAUGUUACUACUGAAGCCCCUGUAGAUGAUACUACUGGAAACCUCAUAGAAACAACUACUGUGGUCCCCACUGACGCUUCUACUGGAGGCCCCGUUGGCGCUACUACUGAGGUCCCCAUUGAUGCUGCUACUGAGGGUUCUGUAGAGAUUACUACUGAAGCCCCUGUAGAGGCUACUACUGAGGUCCCCAUUGAUGCUGCUACUGAGGGUUCUGUAGAGAUUACUACUGAAGCCCCUGUAGAGGCUCCUACUGAUGCCCCUGUAGAGGCUACUACUGAAGCCCCUGUAGAGGCUACUACUGAAGGUUCUGUAGCGGCUACUACUGAAGCCCCUGUAGAGGUUACUACUGAAGCUCCUGUAGAGGCUACUACUGAAGCUCCUGUAGAGGCUACUACUGAAGCCCCUGUAGAGGCUACUACUGAAGCCCCUGUAGAGGCUACUACUGUGGUCCCCAUUGACGCUACUAACGAGGGUUCUGUAGAGAUUACUACUGAAGCCCUUGUAGAGGCUACUAAUGAAGCCCCUGUAGAUGUCACUACUGAGGUCCCCAUUGACGCUACUACUGAGGUUCCCAUUGACGCUACUACUGAGGGUUCUGUAGAGGCUACUACUGAAGCCCCUGUAGAGGUUACUACUGAAGCCCCUGUAGAGGUUACUACUGAAGCCCCUGUAGAGGUUACUACUGAAGCCCCUGUAGAGGUUACUACUGAAGCCCCUGUAGAGGCUACUACUGAAGCCCCUGUAGAGGCUACUACUGUGGUCCCCAUUGACGCUACUAACGAGGGUUCUGUAGAGAUUACUACUGAAGCCCUUGUAGAGGCUACUAAUGAAGCCCCUGUAGAUGUCACUACUGUGGUCCCCAUUGACGCUACUACUGAGGUUCCCAUUGACGCUACUACUGAGGGUUCUGUAGAGGCUACUACUGAAGCCCCUGUAGAGGUUACUACUGAAGCCCCUGUAGAGGUUACUACUGAAGCCCCUGUAGAGGCUACUACUGAAGCCCCUGUAGAGGCUACUACUGUGGUCCCCAUUGACGCUACUACUGAGGUCCCCAUUGACGCUACUACUGAGGGUUCUGUAGAGGCUACUACUGAAGCCCCUGUAGAGGUUACUACUGAAGCCCCUGUAGAGGUUACUACUGAAGCCCCUGUAGAGGUUACUACUGAAGCACUACGACCUACAAGGCCUACGCAGCCUGAAUGCAAGAACGGAAAGUGUGAUGAUCCUAUUACGAAGCCUAACGAUACGAAAACAAAGUCUCCAAAAGGUAAGUUUACUACUGAAGGCCCGAUAGAGGCUACUACGGAAGCCCCGGUAGAGGCUACUACGGAAGUCCCGGUAGAGGCUACUACGGAAGGCUCUAUUGACGCUGCUACUGAUGCCCCCGCUCUCCUUUAG